GAGAGAGAGAGAGAGAGAGAGAUGGGGGAGGAGACAACGAGUAGUUUCAGACUAGGGAGAGUGGAGGAAGGAAAAAAAGUCGGUGUGAAAGAGAGAAUUGGAAACUGACUGGUAUACUGCGAAUGGCGAAUCUCGGGAGAGCAGAUGACAAACUAACACGAGGAAAAAAUGUUGCGAAGAUCAUCAACUCGGCAUAAGAGAGCGCAUAUGUGACAGCGAGACGCGGAGCGCUGCUUUUCCGCCGUGUUGGGAUUGUACCGAUCGUUCCCGGGACAGACAGGAAAGCGGUGUUUCGGAACUCAGUUGCACCCCGUCCCGUGGCGCUAGUUGAAGUGCUGAGCCACUCUUCAAACUCAAAGCUGUCGGGGAAUUUUGAGUGAUCGUGUAAAGAGGACGAUCCGAUAGGUGACCGUACAGCAGGGAGCAACAGGAGCGCAGAACAUUUGACAAAAGUUUGGCCUUUCGGAGUCGGGGGUGAGGGAGAGGCCGACUCUCGCCACUGUUGAACUGACAACUUAACCCAGCUUGCUGCUUUAGGGGCUGCGAACUUUCAACAUGAAAACCCCGGGGGACUCGGGGUUAGCAUUCCCAGACUGGGCCUAUAAACCUGAGUCUAGUCCUGGCUCCAGACAGAUCCAGCUGUGGCACUUUAUCCUGGAGCUGCUGAGGAAGGAGGAGUAUCAUGAUGUGAUUGCCUGGCAGGGGGACUACGGGGAGUUUGUGAUCAAAGACCCUGAUGAGGUGGCCAGGCUUUGGGGCGCUCGCAAGUGUAAACCUCAGAUGAACUAUGACAAACUCAGCAGAGCUCUCAGGUAUUACUACAACAAGAGGAUUCUGCAUAAAACUAAAGGAAAGCGCUUUACCUACAAGUUUAAUUUCAACAAACUGGUUCUGGUCAACUAUCCUUACAUUGACAUGGGGUCUGCAGGAGCUCCUGUUCCUCAGAGUGCUCCACCAGUGCCUACAGGUCCCCAUUUCCGUUUCCCUUCAUCGACUCCAUCUGACAUGCAGGUGUCGGAUGUGCUGCGUUCCCCCAGCAGCGAGGAACUGCGCAGUCCCGGGAUCUUCAGCGCGUCCCGUCGCAUGGGCCGUGGGUCCGUCUCCGACUGCAGUGACGGAACUUCUGUCAACUCUGAGAUCGAAGAAGGAAAUGGAGGAGCUCCAGAAGAGAGAGUGACAGAAAGAGUGGCCGAGAGAGGAGGUGGUUUCCGGAGUGCCGUUCAUCCACGUCUGUCUCACGAGGCUAUGUUCAGAAUGUACGGUGGACCCGGAGGUCACAGAGGUCACCGGGUGUCAGAGGUCUCAGGGCACAGGGUUCAUACUGAGCCUCUCUCACCCUUCACCGUUUCACCUCUGCCCGGUCCGGGAGGGUCAGGCCUGUUGGCGCCUCCUCUGUCCCCGGCGCUCUCCAUGACCCCGGGCUCUCACCUGGCCUACACCCCGUCCCCAACCCUGUCACCCAUGCCUGGCUCCAUCUUCUCCUUCAACCCAGAGGACAUGCAGCGCUAUCUGCAGGCUCACAACCAGAGUGUCUACAAUUACCACCUGAGCCCUCGUGCCUUCUUUCAUUACCCGAACAUCAUCAUUCCUCAGCCUCAACGGCUCGACAAAGGUAUACCCGGACCCCAGGGCUGCGAACGCGGCCCUGCCGAGAGACCCUCGGUACUCAACAGCCAUCACUCCAGCCUACCCCUGCCACACGCUCACCCCGUUCACCCCCACCUGGGAGAGGACCAGCACCAUUCCUCCUUCAAGUUCAAGCUACAGCCUCCACCGUUGGGCCGCAAGCAGCGUGACAGUCAGGGCAGACAGGGGUCGCUGUCCUCCACGUCUACCUCUGGUCUGGGAUCCUCCUUGUCAUUUGGUAGUGACCUCAGCUCAGCCAGCGGAUCAGGACUGGUGUCCAAUUCCUCCUCAACUGGCUCGCUAAACAGCGCUGGGCUGCCUAAAAUUAAGGUCGAGCCCAUAUCUGACAUCGAAUCAGAAGAGGAAGUUGAAGUGACUGACAUCAGCGACGAGGAGGUUGAUGAAAGAGAUGAAGAGUUUGAUGUUUUCCCCCCUCGCUAUCUUAAACAUAAUCACCAUCAAAAUCACCAUCCUCACAGCCGAAAGCACCAUCAGCCCAACGGCACUGACGCCCACCUAGAUGAGGACUUAGAGGAGGAUGUUUUCAAAGCUCCCGCCCCUCCACCCUUCUUCAUCCCUCCUGCCUCAGGUGAAGGCCGCCGCCUGAACGCUGUCGUAAAGAGCGAACCUGUAGAACCCGCGGAGGCACAGCUGCCGCCCGGUGGGCUUCCGCAGACACAAUCCCAGUGUAUCCCGCUGAAGCUCAGGUUCAAGCGACGCUGGGACCAGGACCAGCACAUGGAGGAGGCGGAGGACAAGAAAGUGAGAGGAGAAGAGCAGAGGAACGGAGAGGCGGAGGAGAGCGGGAAUGGCAGUGGAGAGGCAGAGAGUCCGCCUCCUCUUGCUCACCACAGGGUUAGCGCUGAGCUCCACCGCGCCACGGCGCAGCUGUCACUGGAAAAUAAGGACUGCUGAUACGCGACAACGACGACUUGCGCGACACUGCUGAUGGACUCACGCUCACACGUGAAUCUUUGUAGAUCAAUGACUGCUGAUACUGACAGACUGCUUUCUGGACAACAAUACUGACACAUACACUUAGACCCUCCUACUUUAUACCCUCCUUCAUCUGCCUCCUUUGACUUCAGCCGAUGGUCUUGCCAGUGCACGUAAAUCUGGUACAUCUCAGUAUACCGAUGAUGUGGAAUGAGUUCACCCAUGUGCCCCAGUGACCCUCAGGAGUCAUGAACUUUGACCUCUGGCACUAGAGAAAAUAUUAUAUUUUUAAAAGAGAUUUAAUUUGCAAAGUGCCUGUGAGCUACCCCUUAAAACCCCGCAAACACAGAGAAAGCAAAUGGAUGCAGCAAAGGCGGUUAACUAGAAUGGGGUUUGGUGUUUAUUUCCAGCAGCCCAGCAUGAUUUUCCUCAGUGACAGACUAUGAUCAAAUUCUACAUGAUGUGGUGGUAUACAAAUGCACAGAAAGUCACAAACUUUCUCUCUCGAACACAAAGACACAGUUCGAAAACCAGCCUGGUCAGAAGUAAGAACCCUCAGGGACGAACCCCCAACACACACACACACACACACACACACACACACACACAUGCAGAUAUAAUCCCUUCCUUGUUCCCUGUAUGAAGCCUGAACAGAUUGUGUGUCACAAGUGAGCAUUUGUGCAGAAUUUGUGUCCGAAUGCCUGUGUUUCUGGAAACUUAACUGUGUUCUCAGGUUAUGUCCUUCCACUCCUGUCCAAACCAGCUCACUUUUAUUUCGUGUUCUCUUUUGUCAAAUCUUUGGGACCAUACCUGAAAUUGUUUCAUUCUGACAUGAAAACAUUUUAAAGACCACACACUCGAAUCUCUUUAAAUCAAAUGAUCGCAUAAAGUGGCACACAGGAGUUUCCCUUGUAUAGUCUUUUAGUGCAAACAAAACCAGCAUUAUGCACACACACACACACAUACACACACACACACACACACACACAAAGCAUGUACAGUGAUUCUAAGAUCUAACUGUUUUGGCAUUUGAUGUAUUAAGAAUGUGUCUGCUCUGCUUGUAUCCUUAUGAGCUAGGUGGUCAUUCUGGGUCUCGUUUUAUUAUGCACAGUCAUUUUGUAAUAAUAGAUUUGACAUAUAUGAGAUCUUACUGUGGACUGGGGGAUAAUAAAAAUCCAUAAACUCAAACAUUAAAGUACUAACUUAUAAACAGGAAGGUCACACACAAACUCCGCCUAUGCCUUGUUUUAAUAGCAUGUCUGAAAGGUUAAAGUAAAAAAACAAAAAUCUUAAAAAAGAACAGAACAGUAUACGCUUAAUAUACCUUUAUCUAAUGUGUUAAACAUACUGUAAACUUGUUGAAAGCAUAGCAUUAAAAGAUGUAUCGGUUUCAGCGGUUUUGUAACAUUUGGUUUGGAGGGGAAGGUUGACUCUUCUCCAUAGGGAUAAUGCCAUUGUUUGGGUGAGGGAGGAAAACGUUGCUUUUUUACCAAGUUAAAGGAACAGUUCACCCAAAAAUGAAAUUACAUUAAGUUCAAAUCUGCAUAAAUGUCUUUGUUCUGAUGAACACAGAGAAAGAUAUUUGGAAGAAUGCUUGUAACCAAACAAUUCUUGGCCACCAUUGACUACCAUAGUAGGAAAAAUUGUGUAAUACAUUUCUUUGUUCUGUGGAACACAAAAGCAGAUAUUUUGAAGAAGGUAGGAAAGCAAACAGUUCUGGCACACUUUUGACUAUUGUAUUUUUUUCUACUAUGGUAGAAGCCUAGAACUGUUUGGUUUUAUCUUUAUCUGUCUGCGUUUAUCGAAAAAAGAAUUUUAUACAGAUUUGGAACAACUAGAGAGUGAGUAAAUGAUGACAGAUUUUUUCUUUUUGGGUGAACUGUCCCUUUAAUAAAUUGUAGGGUAGAUGAGCAAAAUAGUACACAAAACAAAGCAGGAGAGCUGUGCACCACAUACUAUGUGGCACAUUCGGUUCCUUAACCAGCAUGCACCUCCUCAACAUCCUGUUCUUACUGCCACAACUGAUGUCUGGGUGCUCGUGUGUUGCUUGUGUGUGUGUAUGUGCGUGUAGGUGUGUGUGUGUGAGUGUGUGAGAGAGAGUUUUCGACAGAGGCUCUAUUUGCAUGUAUGUCGACAUCUAAGACUCUCAUCAAGUCACUCAAAUCUUGCUUCAUGAACCUCAUAAACCUGUGUGCACUAAAGCCCUGUGCAGGACUGAGCACGGCAGAAAGACAUCGGUGACGUGGCCAGUCAGGCACUCGAGAUGGUGUAAUGGUUUUCUAGUCACAGGAAGAAAGUUAUCUCAUGUCCGAAGUGUCUCUGAUAGCUAUAAUGAGACAUUUGACAGAGUUGGACUGUUUCAUAUAACAGAACUGGCACAGAUGUCAACCUUCUCAAUGUUUUUUACUCUUUCUAGCUGCCUUACUCCCCCUUUAACCAAACCUCUUGUACUUUCUUAUGGUUUUGAAUUUGGUCUUUACCACUUGUUUCACGCCCCAGCAUACCUCAUAAUGUGAGAGGUGGAGAUGAGGUGAGCAGUAUUGACGGACGCAGUCUCUGCUUCUGUAUGCCCAAAUAUGCUUGGGCACAAAGUGAGUGGUUUCUUUUUCUUUAAGAGGGGAGAUAUUUAUUUAGGCUGCUCUCAUUGGUUGUCCCAGGAUGUUGCUCGCUCAGAAUCCCAGCAACAGAUGAGGUUUUGUAUUUAAUUUUUUUUACCCAAUUUGCUCCCGUUUAUCUCCUCUCUGAUGUCAUCGUUGCUGUUAAUCAUAAUUAUUAUUAGUUAUUAUUAUUUUUGUUGAAAAUUGUAGUCACGAUAACAUUGUAUACAUUACUGUAAAAGAUCCUUUGAAGAAUGUUUCUCCCCACCCAUGCCCUCUCACAGAGCAACCCGACAGUGUGUUUAGUGUAACAUUAAAUAUGUGUAAAUUAACGUAAAACCACGUCUUUAACAUGGGUGGAGAUGUGGAGAGAUGGCGGAUGGAGGAAGGGCAUUCUGGAGAGGUUCGGGCUUCUGAUUUUGACCUCAAGUCAUGUCAUGUAGUUGUUAUUUUGUAGUGUUACUUAUUUCUUGCUCUUGUACAUUUUUUCAUUGGGGGAUUGUAUGAUUUUAAAAGAUAUAUUGUGUAUUGUUUUAUUGUGUAAAGUCUGUAUCUUUCUCACUUUCUUUCUCGAAAUUUUUUUCUGUGGUUCCAUAACUCAUAAUAACAGGUUUAAAUACCACAAUGUAACAUUUUAUUCCUCCUUUAUUCAUUUUUGUGUUCUUUUUUCAGAAUUGUAAUUAAAAUGUAAUCAGGGUCAAUUAAACGGUUAAAAACCAUUCUAUUCUUUUUGAGUUUCUACAACUGUUGAGUUUUAUUACUGCAAACAAGGAAUUUGUACACUCUUAAAAAUAAAGGUGUUUAAAAUGCUCUUCACAGCAAUGCCAUAAAAGAACCAUUUUUGGUUCCAUAAAAGAACCGUUCAGUCAAAGGUUCUCUAAAGAACUGUCUCUUUUUUUACCUUUUUAAAAUCUGAAGAAACCUUUUUCGCCACAAAGAACCUCUUGUGAAGCAGAAAGGUUCUUCAUAUGUUAAAGGUACUUUUCUGUCAUCGUGAAGCAUCUUUAUUUUUAAGACUACCUAUAUAUGAGUGUUUUUUCAAGCUUAAUAGAAUUUUAAUGCAAACUAAUACACUUCAGUGGAUAAUUAUAACAAUUUGCAGUUAUAAAGUGCUUUUUAAAGAUAUAUUUCCUAAACUGCCUGUUGAUGGAGAAUAUAGCAUGUACUUUUUAAGACUGACCUCUGCUGUCCGAAGAGCAGAAGUACAAGUGUUUGCAUCAUAGUCAGCAUUUAUUUUUGAUAAAUCUUAGAAAUUGAUUUGCAUACACAUACUGAUGACAUAUAUGGAUUAUAUUAACUAUGAAGCAAUACUGCUAAUUGGAACAAUUAUUUUUUUGUAUUUUGUUGAAGUAUGUCUGUAUGAUGUAGUCCAUAUUGGAAUAUGAAGAGCACAAUAAAAUACAUAAAACAUAAUGGAAUAAAGAUCCACAAAGAGCCA